GAGGAAAAGAGGAGGAGGAGGAGGAGGAGAAGGAGGAAGAGGGAGAGGAAAAAGAGAGGGAAAACUUUGAAGAUAGAAAAAAGAAAAAGAAAAAAAAAAAGAAAAGUGCAACAUUAUUGAGGGAAAAGAAAAGAGGACAGGAAAAAAUAAAGUUGAAACAAAAUUUAUUGAAAUUGAGACAAUAG